UUUAGUUUUCAUAAUGUUUCUUUUUUUACAGCCUACCAAAAUCCUAAUCGAUCAAAUGAAACUUUCUUCAAUUUCCUCGUAAAAUCAUACUUAAUCCGAUCCAGAUUUCAACUCCAGAUCAUGUUUCAAAGUAGUUGUUGAAGAAUGUUUAGUGAAGAAGUAUUGAAGAAUGUGUUUCCAUUGCUAGAAGGCGAAGAUCUCGCGUCAUGUAUGGGUGUUUGCAAACAAUGGAGAGAUAUCGCAAGAGACGAUUUCUACUGGAAAUGUCAAUGUGCAAAGAAAUGGCCAUCGGUUUGCAAACGGCACAAACCUCCUACUGAAACAUACUACAAAAUGUAUCAAACGUUUAGUAAGCGGCGGUUAAACCGCGCGCUUCCUCCUCCGCGAUUGUCGUUCGAAAACUUGGAGUUUUUCAUCGAUAUUUGGUCGGAAGAGAGGCUCGUGUUCUCGGGGUUAAUACCCGGUGUUGCGUUGGAAAAUGGUAUCGAAACGUUACCGUUAGGGAUCAGUAAUGUUCUUAGAACUCAUCUUGGUAGACCUGAUUACAAGAUGGUUGUUCCUGCUGAGCCUAGGUUCACUAUUCCGUUAAACCAGUCUGUUAGUGUCUCUGUUCUUGUGGCGAGGAAUGAUUCUGAUAAGGUCGCUCGGAUAAUCAACCGGUCUGUGUUCGAUUAUAUAGACCGGUCAUCGUAUAGAGCGCUUGCGUUUGAGUAUCUUGACUUGUCUCCUUGUUAUCCUUUUAUCUCCGGUAUACGAGCUUGGAUCUCUUUGCUGUUUAUGGAUGUUGAGGAUAUGAAUGAUGAUGGGUUACUCGAUGUUUUCGGGAUUCAGUUGGAUUUCAAUGAUGUUGCUGACACUAAAGAAGAGGUUUUGUGGCUUCUAGAUAUGCUUGAUUGGAAGUGAAAACAAGCUUAUGAUCCUAUUAAAGCUCUUUCUCAGGUUUGGAACUCUAUACAUAAUCAUCAUUUUGCUCAAGAACUAAUCUUUCACAACUUUUGGUCAUUUUCUUUAAUACGAGUUUGAUUUGUUUUUUCUCUCUUUAACUAUAUAGCUUUUGUUUGAUCAUUUGCUGUAAUUCGAUUUUUUUUUUGUUUAUAACGAAAAUUGGAUAUAAGAAACUGAAUAAUUUCAACCAAACUAGAUAUUGAAACGCCAUGUCAAAAGAACUCAAAACAGAACACACAUUUUUGCACUUCUUUUCAAUGUUUUGGUUAGGGGUGGACAUUCCGGUUUAGGGGUUUGGAUUCAGAUCGAAUUUUGUUUUUCUUUUCUCAAUUUUUUUCGGUUUUGUAAAAAGUGAUAACACAUGUAAAACCAUUUGUACUUCGGUAUGGUUUCAGAUCGGUUUGAUGCAAUUUCGGUUGGCACGGUUCAACUUUUGAUAAUAAAAAUUUAUAGAAAAUAAUCAAACAGUUAUUUAUUUAUUAUUUAUUAUUUAGUAUGGUCAUAUCUAUUUUCAGAAGAUAUAUAAUUUAUAAGUAAUAUUUAAGGAAAUUUAGAAUAUUUGGUUAACAUAAUAACCAAACAGUUUAUAAACAAAUAUCGGUUCAAUUUUGUUCAACUGUUUUGGGUUGGUUCGGUUCAUGUAGUUUCAUGGUCCAUCUCUAGUUCUGGUUAAAUCUUUAGAUUGAAACCAAAUGCAGGAAGCCAAGAACU